AUGGCAAGCACGAGGAAAGGUUGUCUCUUGAAGGAAUUCAGGCCCGAGUACUUCAACUUAGAAAAGGACAUAGAGAUUAAAUUGACCAUUCACGCGCAGCCUUAUAAGCCAAAAGACAGAACCUACUCCAACAAGAAAUCAGAGGAGGAUUCGAAAUCCCAGGAGUCAGAGGAAGAGUCGGAAUCUCAGGAAUCCGACAAUGAAGAGGAUGCGUGCAAGGAACCAGCGCGAUGGGUGGAGGCAAGUGGAGGCGAGGUCCCUGGUGGAGCUGUUGUGGGCGGGGAGUAUGAUGGAGAAACUGUCUAUGUGGCGAGAGCAGAACAUGCAGGUGAUAUGCUACCUGGAAAGUUAGUACCUUCCCAUCGUGUUUGCUACGUUCCGUGGGGCUGUGAAGAACACUCCAAGAGCAAUUAUGAAGUUCUGGUGUCUGAUGAUCUGGAGAAGUUGGUCUGGCUUGAAGGAUCAGACGGUUCCAUCCCGUCUGGAGCCUUGCAGGGUGGAGAAACAGCCACGGAUGAACCGUUGUACAUCGGGAGAUGUAAGCAAGAAAACACCCUCACCUGUGGCAAGGCAUGUAUUCAUAGGUCCCUAAAAGGAUGCUUCAUCGGUUAUGGAGGUCGAGAGUACGGUUACGCGAGAUAUGAGGUCUUGGCAGUGAAACAAACAAAUGAGGAGCAGGCAGUGAAAACCAUACCCGAAACAAAGACCAAACCCAAGGAGCCCGAGAAGGAGGAUGACGGCCUGUCAGACUUCGAAAGGAGGGCAUUGCAAAGACACAAUUACUACAGGAAGAAGCACGGUGCGCCUGCCCUGACUAUGGACAGAGAGAUUUGCCAGUACAGUCAGGAUUGGGCUGAGCAGCUGGCACAUUGGAAUCGCUUGGAGCACCGAGGAAACGUGGGUCGAAAAGACGGAAAACAAUAUGGAGAAAAUUGUUACAUGUCCAUGGGGAAGGCCAACGUCAGCGCGGAAGAGGUCGUAGACGCUUGGUACGACGAAGUCUGUUAUCACAAUUACUCUUGGAAUAGCUUCGUGUACCAAACGGGACACUUCACGCAGGUGGUCUGGACAGAGACCAAGCGAGUGGGAAUCGGAAAAGCGCGAAAUGGUCCCAAUUGGUUCGUCGUCAGCAGCUACGAUCCGCCUGGAAAUUACCAGGGACGCUUCACAAGAUGCGUUCGCCCUCCUGUAGAUUAAAGAGGGGAAAUCGUCAGUAAUUCAGAAGAAUCCGUGA